CGGCCCCGCACCGCCCCCCUACCCGCAUCCCCCCGCCGCCGCCGCCGCCGCCGCCGCCGCCGCCGCCAUUUUGUGUGUGUGUCCCCGCCAGCGGCGCCCCCUCUCGGCCUCGGCCCGUUCGAGAUGGCGGCGCAGGUGUUGAGCCGGCCGCUCGUCACCGCCAAAUGGCUCUCGGAGGCCGUGCGGGCCGGCCGGGUCGGGCCGAGCCUGCGGGUGUUGGACGCCUCCUGGUACCCGCCGCAGGAGCGCAACGCCCGGCAGGAGUUCAAGGAGAGGCACAUCCCCGGCGCGUCCUUCUUUGACAUCGAGGUGUGCCGGGACCAGUCCUCCCCUUACGACUUCAUGCUGCCCAGCGAGUCCCACUUCGCUGACUACGUGGGGCGCCUGGGGGUCAGUAACAACACCCAUGUGGUGGUGUAUGACGGGGACAACCUGGGCACCUUCUAUGCCCCCCGUGCCUGGUGGAUGUUCCGGGUCUUUGGGCACAAGGAGGUCUCAGUGUUGAACGGUGGCUUCAAGAACUGGGUGAAGGAGGGCCAUCCCGUCACGGCGGAGGUCAGCCAGCCCACCCCGGGUGUCUUUAAGGCCAAGCUGAACACGGGCCUGCUGAAGACCUUUGAGGAGAUGAUACAGAAUGUGGGGUCCCUGCAGUUCCAGGUGGUGGAUUCCCGCCCCGAGGGCCGGUUCCGGGGGACCGAGCUGGACCAAGGGCUGGAAUCUGGUCAUAUCCCUGGUUCAGUGAACAUACCCUUCCAAUCAUUUCUAACAGAAUCUGGCCACGAGAAGAGUAUCGAGGAGAUCCAAGAAAUAUUCCGUGAGAAGAAAGUGGAUCUCUCAAAGCCACUGACAGCCACAUGCCGCAAAGGUGUGACGGCAUGUCACAUUGCCUUGGCAGCCUUCCUGUGUGGCAAGCGUGAUGUGGCUAUUUAUGAUGGUUCCUGGUCAGAGUGGUUCCACCGUGCCCCACCUCGGUACAAGGUCUCUGAGAUGAAGCGCAACAAGGCCUAGAGGGACACUUGUUUCUUGGGCGGUGAGACCUAGCAGCUGCCUCCAGCCCAGGGUGCAGGGCAAGGGAAGAGGUGGAAGUACAGAAAACACAUGCUGAUUUAUAUUUUGCUAAUUUUUUAAGAAUGAUCAGUAGAUUUCUAUCCGUCUUUCGGUUUCUCACAAUGAAUAAAGUCUAAUUCUAAGACAAUG